UCUAUUGUCCUUGCCACAAUAUUGCAGAGGAAUAGACUUGUUUUUUUGUGUUCAAAGCUACAUGCUUUUCUAAUUUUGUUAAUUUUCAUGUUUCAAAAAAAAUUGUUCAGUUUCAUGUUUGUUUAUAUUCACUGGAGUAGUAUUUAUGAACUGUUCGGUAAUAGGUCAUGUUUACAUCGGCCGCCAUUUUGUUUUGUCUGCUAGAGGUGACAAUAAACAAGGAAUCAUUGUUAUGAAUUCUUGACGGAUAUUUGCUUGAAAACUUUACAGAUAAGUUAUUUAAUGAUUGAACUGUUAGUUAUUUGUUAAAACAAAUUGUUUUUGUUAUUUUAAGUGUUUGCAAAUUUAACUUAAUUUCUUAGGUGUUCGAUAACUGGUUCGUCCACCAUAAUUAACAUAUAUUUCAUUUCAAGGUGUGUGGCUUUACGUGAUUUUUCUAGCAGUGAUCAAUCAUACUUAAGGGGAGAUCAGAAUUGGAAUAUUCGUCCGACUAGUUUUACCAGUCCAUGUAGAGUUUAAAGACGACGCCACGUUAAAAAUACAAUCAACAUAUACUCCGCAAUCCUCGAUUAUAUACAUUGAUAUAUGCAAAACAAUCGUCUGCUGAUCCAGAGGGGGACUAAAUGCAUGUGACGCUCUUCGCUGCCCACCAGUCAGUAACCUCAUUAUACAUGUAAACACAACCUUGUGUGAAUUCAAGUUAGAAUUCGUGUUAAUCCAUCAAUCAUUCAACAUGGCGCCAUGCGAGAGUCUGCCCAUCCUGUACAUUAAAGCGAGCAACAACUUCGAUGUCGGUUUAGCGAUUGGAUCAUGUUUUAAAGCAUGGAUUCAAGAGUACGUCAACGGAUCUAACCAAGUCAAAGCGGUGAAAGAUUUCUAUGCGGUUUCGAAAGGGAAGGACAUAGUUUCCCAGUAUAUGAGAACGUCAGAAGAGUAUUUUCCUGACAUCGUGGAAGAAAUCCGCGGUAUCGCCACAGGGUGUUGCCUAGAAUUCAUUGACAUAUUUCUGCUUCAGCUUAUGUCGGAGAUAGAAUUUUGCCAUACAAUUCAGCUGGAAAAUGAAAAACUAAAAAGUUCUGGUAAAGGAUGUACAGGUAUCCUGCUAAAUACUCAGCAGUGUAGAAUAAUAGCUCACAACGAUGACUGGCAUCCAGAUGUGGUCGACAAAGUAGCUAUCGUCCAUGUCACCAUUGACGGCCCUGAGGCAAUCAAGGAACAAUUUGUAUCUUACGUAUACCCAGGAUUUCUUCCGGGCUUUGGCUUUCAGAUGAACAAGCAUUUAGCGAUAACUCUGAACUCUUUGAAUCCCGCUGUUGCCAAUACGAGUGGCGUACCGUUGGUGAUUCUUCUGAGAUCAUUACUGCGUUGCAAAACUAUAGAUGAGUGCACGACAGUCUUGGAUUUCAAGCCUGUUGGUUGCUCGUAUGGAAUGACUAUCAACAUAGCUGAAAUCUCGUCCAACCGAAUGAGCUCCGUUGAAAUUUAUACAACUGAGAACAAAAGCACACUAUCGGUCCAUUGGAUUGAAUUCACAACGGAAAAUUUCGAGGCGAGCUUUUAUCACCACGAGAACCACUACCGGGAAUGUGGAGACCCCGCUAUCGCCUGUCUAUGGGAGGGGUCCAUUGAAAGAGGUCAGAGACUGGCUGAGAAAAUUGUGCAAUUUACACCGAAAAAUUCCGAAGAUGCUCUGCAAAUCCUCGGGGAUACGGAGGGAGUAGUGGGGUCCCUGUACCAGAUAGCUAAAGGCAGGCAUGUGGCUGAUGAUAUCCAAACAAAUGCCACAGCUCUGUUUGACUUUCAUAGAAAGCUGUUAUUGGUGUACAGGGGGAAUCCCAGACCGCCGGCUGAACCGCUGCUUUCAUUGGCCUUCAUAUAAUAAUAAUAUAUUAUACGUAAAUGAAAUAUAUCGUGAAGUAUUUGCUCUCAAUUAUCGAUUGAAACAAAAACGACUACUGUAGUGUAAAACUAGCGUAAUUUGUUUUACUAUACAGCCAUCAUAUGUUUGUUUUUCGUGGUCUACAUUUACUCAAUGUUUAUGAAAAUUGCUUACGUUGUGCCUAAUUUCAAUAUGUAUUAAUUCGUACUAUUUAUAAUAAAAACGCGUACUCUGGUA